UGUGGUCGCUACUUUCCACUAAAAAUUUCCGUCUAUCAGUUGUUCCUUCAUUUAGGUUAAAGUCCUCUCAUAAAUAAACUACCCUUCUCUUCGUAUCCUACAGUUAUCACUCACUUAGCGCUUCACUCUCCGAUCUCUCUACUCCUUUUAUCGUCUUCAUUAAGGUUUGAUUUCGUUUCUCCGUCAUGGCAAAGAUCAAGAUCGGAAUCAAUGGAUUCGGAAGGAUUGGACGUUUGGUUGCGAGAGUUGCUCUCCAAAGCAAUGAUAUUGAGCUCGUUGCUGUUAACGAUCCUUUCAUCACCACUGAUUACAUGACCUACAUGUUUAAGUACGACAGUGUUCACGGUCAAUGGAAUCACCAUGAACUUAAGGUGAAGGACUCAAAGACCUUGCUCUUUGGCGAAAGGCCUGUCACUGUUUUUGGCAUCAGAAACCCUGAGGAAAUCCCAUGGGGUGAAACCGGAGCUGAUUAUGUUGUUGAGUCUACCGGUGUUUUCACUGACAAGGACAAAGCUGCUGCUCACUUGAAGGGUGGUGCAAAGAAGGUGGUCAUUUCUGCUCCCAGUAAGGAUGCCCCCAUGUUUGUUGUGGGUGUCAAUGAGAAGGAAUACAAGUCUGACCUCAACAUUGUCUCCAAUGCUAGUUGCACUACCAAUUGCCUUGCUCCAUUGGCUAAGGUCAUCCACGACAAGUUUGGCAUUGUUGAGGGUCUUAUGACCACUGUCCAUUCGAUUACUGCAACCCAAAAGACCGUUGAUGGUCCAUCAAUGAAGGAUUGGAGAGGUGGUAGAGCUGCCUCCUUCAAUAUCAUUCCCAGCAGCACUGGAGCUGCCAAGGCUGUUGGCAAAGUUUUGCCAGCAUUGAAUGGCAAGCUCACUGGAAUGGCUUUCCGUGUUCCCACUGUUGAUGUCUCUGUAGUUGACUUAACAGUGAGACUUGAAAAGGCUGCUAGUUAUGAAGAUAUUAAGGCUGCCAUCAAGAAAGAAUCUGAAACCAACUUGAAGGGAAUUCUUGGUUACGUGGAUGAAGAUUUGGUCUCAACAGACUUUGUUGGAGAUUCCAGGUCUAGCAUUUUCGAUGCCAAGGCUGGAAUUGCUUUGAGCGACAAAUUUGUGAAGCUUGUUGCUUGGUAUGAUAACGAGUGGGGUUACAGUACCCGAGUGAUUGACUUGAUCAGACACAUGGCUUCUGUUAACUGAGUGAUUUUGGUGUAACAGUCAUUACAUCAUGUAUUUUUAGCCUCUUUCUUGAAGCUUUUGGGAAACUGAAGAGAUUUUCUUGGAAAUAAUAGAAUUGCACGGGACAUAAAUCAGUGAACCCGUAUGCAUCUUUUGAAA